AUGGCUUCUACAACCUCCAGGUACACCGCCGGCGAGGCCCCCCCGUCGUAUGAUUCCAUUGUUGGGAAGAUCGACGAAGCUGUGGGCAGCACCCGCACCCCCGACAAGUACCUAGAGGUGGUAAAGUCACUCAGCAGCGCCGAAAUAGGUGUCAUUGCAGACGGUGCCAAGGACCAUCCUCCUCCAAUUUAUACAGAGGAGGACAAGAAAACGUUUGCCAUCGGCGCUGCAAAGGCCGCAUCAGAGGAUUCGGCAACAAAGCAUCUUGAAACAGCUGCGAAUAAGGCCACCCUUGCAGCCAAAGAGAUCAGGGGUGUCUUUCAAUCAAUUGAGCUGAAGAUCACAGAAAUCGACCAAAUCCACAUGUCAAACUUUUUGCCGGAGCUGGAGAAACACCAGAAGACGUUCAACGACAUCCUCGGAGAUAGUCGGCUGCUUGCCACGGACAUCAGCCAGUAUGGAAAAUCAUUUGAUGGGAUAAUCGUUCAAUUUUGUGCCGACCAGACGAUCAGCGUAGAUGACAGAAUUAAGCAGAUUGGAGAUUAUAUAGAGAAAACUCAAAAAUUUGAAGACGAUUCUACUUCAAUCAAGAAUCGGUUUGAUUCGCUCACCUCGGACUUCACCAAGUUUGUCGGGACUUUCGGCACUUGGGCGAAGGACAAAGAAGGCGAAUUGAACGACCAGAUAAAAGAGCUGAAUAAGGAAAUUGCAGAACUCAAUGCGAAGCUGGUGAAGCUUCAAAAGUCGCUGAUGGUAUUGGGCAUAGCUGCUGGAGUCGGGCUGCCGGCGCUGGCUGUUGCCGCCGCUCUCUCUGGCCCUUUUGCUCCCUUUGUUGCGAUUGGCGGGCUGAUUGCUCUUGGUGCCACGGCGGCGUCCAUCGCUGGCAUUUCAAUUGCCAUUGCCGUCACGUCCAACGAUAUCAAAGCCAAGCAAUCGGAGAAAGAGGGUCUACAAGAGCAGAUUGAACAGAUUCAACAUGCUCGCCAGGAGCUUCAAGACCUGGGAACCCAGAAGUUGAAGGUCUUCACGGACAAUGUCAACGUUCUCUCAGGUUAUUGGACUGCCACCACUGCUCAAGCUCAUGAAAUUCAAGCCUGGCUGAAAGACGGCGCUAGCAUGGCGAAAAGACCCAAGUAUAUGCAAAUGAAUCUUGACCACGGAGUCCAAAUCUACGCUGCACUAUCAGUCUUUCUUGACAACUAUGCUAGUGGCUUGACGAGUGACGAGUAA